AUGGAAACAAAACAGCCUCGUGUGGUUCUGGAAAAAUAUAUAGGGCAUUUUGGCUACACAGAUUUAACCACAGUGGAACCUAUUGGUUCAAGUGGGGGCUUGGCACUUUUUUACAGUCAAGCGGAUUUUAAUGUUACAAUUUUAUUUGAGUCUAAUCGGUUAAUCGACAUUGAAGCGGUUUAUAAAGGACGGGUCAUUUAUUUAACGUUCGUUUAUGGUGAUCCAGUCCCGAAGAACCGUGACAUGGUGUGGGAGCGGUUAUUGCGUAUUGGUGUGUCUCGGUCCUCUCCAUGGUUUACUGUUGGUGAUUUCAAUGAAUUAACUGGUAAUCAUGAGAAACGAGGAGGCAAAUUACGGCAUCCGUCUUCAUUUCUUCCUUUCAAUGGAAUGAUCCAAGAUUGUGGUUUUCUGGAAUUUCCAUUCCUAGGAGAUUGCUUAUCUUGGCGAGGUUGGCGGGAUAAAAAGCCAAUCCGGUGUCGGUUGGAUAGAGCCCUCGGCAAUGAAGAUUGGCAUGAUCUAUUUCCAGAUACGGUACUCGAGUAUUUACCUAUGAUUGCCUCUGAUCAUAAGCCCGUUGUGGUCAAUAUAGGGGCAAAAAGGCCACGGGGAAAAAGACGUUUUAUGUUUGACCCACGGUGGAUUGGGAAGGAAGGGUUGAUGGAGGCAAUCGAGGCAGGAUGGGUUGGGGGGACUCCUCAGAGCUCACCCAAUUUUUUAGAUAAAAUUGUAAUUUGUAGACGGGCUAUUUCUAGGUGGCGUAAGGACCACGUUCCUUUUGGUAGGGAAACAAUUGAGGAUCUAAAGUGCCAGUUGUCUGUCGCGCAGGCUGACGAUGCAACUCCACUUUCGGUUAUCGCUGAUUUAAAUGCUAGACUGUGGGAAGCCUAUAAGGAUGAGGAGGUGUAUUGGUAUUUGAAGAGUCGCAAUAAAUGGAUGCAGAUGGGCGACCAAAAUUCAAAGUACUUUCACGCUCUGACCAAGCAAAGACGGGCCCGCAAUCGGAUCAUUGGUCUUUAUGAUAAAAAUGAGAUUUGGUCUACGGAGGAUGAGGACAUCUGCAAUAUUGCAGUAUCGUAUUUUGCUGAUCUGUUUACAACAUUACAUCCGACAAAUUUUGAUGAGGUCUUACGUGAGGUACACCCAGUGAUUACAGCUGAGGCCAAUGCUCAGUUAACAGCCCGGGUCACAGAAUCAGAGGUCCGCGCGGCUUUAUUUAUGAUGCAUCCGGAUAAGGCUCCGGGUCCAGAUGGGAUGACCGCUUUGUUUUACCAAAAAGCGUGGCAGAUUGUUAAAGGAGACCUUGUCUCACUAGUUAAUGGUUUUUUCGAGGAGGGGGUUUUUGAUAGAGGUUUGAAUACUACGCAUAUCUGUCUCAUUCCGAAGGUGGCUAAGCCGACUCGGAUGACGGAGCUGCGUCCAAUUAGUUUGUGUAACGUGGGAUAUAAGAUUAUUUCUAAGAUCAUGUGUCAACGGCUAAAGAAGCUUUUACCGGACCUUAUUUCAGAAACACAAUCAGCUUUCGUCCCGGGAAGGCUCAUUUCGGAUAACAUCCUGAUUGCUCAGGAGAUGUUUCACGGCUUACGGACUAAUCCGUCUUGUAAAGGGAAAUUUAUGGCUAUUAAGACAGAUAUGAGCAAGGCAUAUGACAGGGUGGAAUGGGAGUUUAUUGACAAAUUACUUCACAAGAUGGGGUUUGAUGAGAAAUGGAUUAGAUGGAUUAUGUUUUGUGUUAGUUCGGUGGAGUACAAAGUUCUUCUGAAUGGUCAACCGAAUGGUCUGAUUAUUCCGGAAAGGGGAUUACGACAAGGAGAUCCUUUAUCUCCUUAUUUAUUUAUUUUAUGCACAGAGGUUUUAAUUGCCAACAUUCGGAAGGCGGAAGCAGAAAAAUUAAUUACAGGGAUUAAGGUGGCCAACAAAUGCCCCCCAAUCACCCAUCUCUUAUUUGCGGAUGACAGUCUUUUUUUCUGUAAGGUCGCCAAGGACCAAUGUGAGGCCAUCUUGAGGAUUUUACGGAAUUAUGAGGCCGCCUCGGGUCAGCAAAUUAAUUUUGCGAAAUCCUCCAUCCAGUUUGGUCACACGGUUGCGGAACAGACAAAACUGGAGAUUCAAGGGGUUCUAGGGAUCACAGCUCAGGGUGGUAUGGGAUCGUACUUGGGGCUGCCCGAGAGUUUAGGGGGGUCGAAAACAAAAGUGUUUUCGUUUGUCCGGGAACGAUUGCAGGGUCGAACGACGGGUUGGUCGGCGAGACUGCUCUCUAAAGGAGGGAAGGAGGUUAUGAUCAAAUCGAUUGCUACUGCGGUACCGACGUUUGUGAUGUCUUGCUUUCGGCUACCGAAGACGAUCACAUCCAAAUUGUCCAGUGCGGUGGCAAAUUUUUGGUGGAGUUCGGAUGGAAGGACGGGUGGUAUGCACUGGCUUGCCUGGGAGAAGCUUUGUUGUAGUAAGCAACAGGGCGGCUUAGGGUUUCGGAAUGUCGAUGAUUUUAAUUCGGCUUUGCUGGCAAAACAAUUAUGGAGGCUUAUUGAAUAUCCGGAUUCUUUGUUUGCCAGGAUUCUUAAGGGUCGGUACUAUCGGAACUCGGAUCCCAUGGAACCGAUUCGUUCCUACUCUCCUUCCUACGGGUGGAGGAGUAUAAUUUCAGCUCGCUCUCUGGUACAAAAAGGGCUUAUUAAACGUGUUGGUUCGGGCGAGUCCAUUUCAAUAUGGACUGACCCCUGGAUACCAGCUCAAUCCCCGAGACCAGCUCUUAGUAAGGGCCCUUUUAAGGACCCUUCUCUUAAAAUCUCACACUUGAUUGAUUCUCGGACACGUUCAUGGCGGAUGGAUGUGCUCUCGGACCACUUUGAUCCUGGCGAUGUUGCAUUGAUAGGUGCACUGCCCUUAGGAAGCUGCCCCAAGGAUGAUACUCUUGGUUGGCAUUUUACGAAAAAUGGGAGGUAUACUGUUAAGUCUGGCUAUCAUGUGGCCCGUUUGACGAAAACAGGGCCUUUUAAGGCGGUUGGGGUCGGACCAGAGAUUACUUCUCUUCUGGCUAGUGUUUGGAAGGUGCGUUGCCCACCAAAACUGCACCAUUUUAUGUGGCAGGUUUUGUCAGGGUGUAUCCCGGUUUCACGAAAUUUGCGGAAACGUGGCAUUUCAUGUGAUUUGUCCUGCUCACGUUGUGGUGCAGAGGAGGAGACAGUAAAUCAUGUCUUGUUCCUUUGCCCCCCGGCACGUCAGGUGUGGGCAUUAUCCCAGGUACCGGUCGGUUCACAGUGUUUUCCGGUGGAGUCAGUUUUUGCAAAUAUGGAUCAUUUAUUGGACCCCAAUAGCCCGGGCUCUCAUGUGUCCGCUUUCCCGUGGAUUUUGUGGUAUUUAUGGAAGGCGCGUAAUGCAAAGGUUUUCGAAAAUAUUACAGAACGCCCAGAGGAAACGGUCCGGAUAGCUGAAGGUGAGGCUGUAUCCUGGCAUAAGGCUCAGGAGGGAGGUGAAGAUGGGGUUAACUCUGACCAACCUACGGUAGCCGAAUCCCGCCCACAGCGGCCCAACGGCUCUCUACCUUUGUUCUUUACAGGUUACCGAUGUUUUGUGGAUGGUUCUUGGAAAUCCAAUGAUCGGUUCGCAGGAGCAGGGUGGUUCUGUAUCCAGCCCCAUGACCCAAGGCCAGGAAGGGGUGCUACUAAUUUCCGGCAAAGUCUUUCCCCCUUACACGCUGAAGUGGAAGCUUUCAUUUGGGCAAUGCGCUGCAUGAUCGGACACGAUUACUGUGAUGUGGCUUUCUACUCGGACUGCGCUGACUUGGUGAAGAUGGUGUCUUCACCGCACGACUGGCCGGCUUUCUCGACUUACCUACAUGACAUAAGGACGGACAGGGAGGAGUUCUCUUCCUUUUCCUUAUCUUAUAUUUCCAGAGAUGCAAAUUCAAAAGCGGAUCUUCUUGCACGCUAUGCGCGCACUUCUCCGCAAAGUGUUCUGUAUGUAAACAAGUUCCCUACGCAUUGGCUCGUUUGA